CCCGAUGACGCGAAGGUGGCCAGCAUUCGUGAUUGGCCACGUCCUUAGUCUGUGACUGAGAUGAGAUCUUUCUUAGGAAUGACAGGCUACUAUAGGACUUUCGUUAAGAAUUACAACAUAGUGGCCGCUCCUUUGACUGAUUUGACCCGCCUUGACACCCCUUGGGAGUGGACAGAUGAGUGCGAGGCUGCUUUCAGACAUCUGAAGCAUGCAUUGACGCACUAUGAAGUCUUGAAGCUACCCGAUUCUGAUAAGCCAUUUAUAGUAACCACGGAUGCUAGCCAAUAUGGCAUUGGCGCCGUGCUUGCGCAGCAGGAGGGGCCAAAGUUGAGGCUAGUAGAGUACAUGUCCAAGAAAAUGCCGUCUCAGAAGUUGGCUAAGUUCACUUAUGAGAGGGAGCUCUAUGCGGUGUACAAGGCUCUCACCCAUUGGAGACACUACCUCCUUGGGCGGUUCUUCAUCCUCCGGACUGAUCAUCAGACCCUGAGAUGGAUGAGAACACAGCCAGUACUCUCUGACGCUCUCAAGCGUUGGAUCGAAGUCAUUGAGCAAUAUGACUUUGACCCUCAGUAUCAUAAAGGAGAGUACAACAAGGUUGCUGAUGCCUUGUCGCGCAGACCGGACUUCUUAGGUGCGCUGAUUACUGAGUUCGAUCUGACGGACGAUGUUACUCAGUCUUUGGUGGAAGCCUAUCGUCAGGACCAGUUUAUGUCUGAGAUCAUACGCGGACUUGAGGCGAAGGAUAAAAAGACCUCCGCCGAGUUUGAGUUGGUCAAUGGAUUGCUGUACCUAGAGAAGGCAGGGAAUAAACGCUUGUGCGUUCCAAGUAGCGAGUCUUUGCGUAGUUUGUUUUUAGGUGAGUGUCAUGGUGCCACCGGCCAUUUUGGGUACAAGAAGACCGCAGCCAACUUGCUGCAGCGGUUCUGGUGGCCAACGAUGAUGAAAGAUGCACAGCUGUACGUGGAAACUUGUCAAGUAUGCCAGAGAAACAAGCGCCGUACUCAGGCGCCUCUUGGGCUGCUCAAGCCCCUUCCGAUUCCGGAAAGGCCAGGUGAAAGUUUAUCCAUGGACUUCAUGGAUACGCUGGUCACCAGCAAGAGUGGGAUGAGACAGAUCUUUGUCAUCGUGGAUUUGUUUAGUAAGUUUGCUAGAUUAAUAGCUAAGCCAGAAACAGCAAAGACCGAAUACGUGUUCAGGCUAUUUAAAGAAAACUGGGUUAGAGAMUUUGGACUGCCGAAGUCUAUGGUCAGUGACAGGGACGUCAGGUUCACGAGUGAAUUAUGGAAGGCCACUGCAGCUGAACAAGGAACUCAACUGCAGAUGACUUCUGGAAAUCAUCCAGAAGCUAAUGGCCAGGCUGAACAAAUGAACCGCGCUGUGCAACACCUGUUGAGGCACUACAUCAAGCCCAAUCAGGUAGACUGGGACGAAAAGCUUGCUCUAGUCGCUAGUCUAUAUAACAACGCUGUGCACAGUGCUACCGGGACGAGUCCUAACAGUCUACAACUGACAUUCAAACCUAGACUGCCCUUAGAUUUCCUACUUCCAGACAACCAGCCAACUGCUACGCCGGGCACUCUGGAGUUCGCCUAUAGAUAUGAACAGAAGAUGCAGGAGGCUGUAGAACACAUGCAGAAGGCACAGGCAGCAAUGAUAGAGUCUGAGAAUAGACACCGCCGCCCUUCUACAUUUCAG